AUGAGUGGAAAAUUGGAAGACAUAGGAGAGUUAGUUUUACUAAUAGGAGAUUUUCAUUCUCCUAUGAGAAAUUUAGGAUUGCCUGAAUGUUUUAAGGAUCUUCUAAAGACUGACAAAAUCAAACAUGUAUUAUGUACAGGAAAUGUUGGAUCAAGCGAAAAUUUGGAGUUACUUAAAAAUAUAGCUGACUCCGUUCAUAUAACUAAAGGAGAUAUGGAUGACAAUUUUGAUUUCCCAGAAGAUAUUACCAUAAAUAUUGGAAAUUUUAAAAUAUCAUUAGUUCAUGGCCAUCAAAUUAUUCCAUGGGGUGAUAUGAAUGCCCUUUUACAAUGGCAAAAAAAAUAUGAUAGUGACAUAAUUAUUACUGGUCAUACACAUAAGAAUUCUAUUGUUCAUUAUGAAGGCAAAUAUUUUAUUAACCCAGGAUCAGCAACUGGGGCUUUUCAACCAUGGCUUUCUCAACCUACGCCAAGUUUUAUCCUAAUGGCCGUUGCAAAAAAUUCAAUUGUUGUAUAUGUAUAUGAAGAAAAAAAUGGAAAAACAAAUGUUGAAAUGAGUGAGCUACAUAAGCAGUAA